AUGGCUAACGAGGCAGGAGCCUCCUCCCAGGCCUGCUCAAGUCGACUGGGUCAUAGAUCUGACGAUAAACGCCCAGAUCUCUUCGCUCGCGUGGUGCAGCACCUCAGGAACCAUCCAAGUAAGCAGACACGGCCGUGACGUGAAUGCCCGCUGCGUAUCUGACACUGUUUGUUUCUUGUGGCACACAGGCGUCGACAAGGUCGAGAUCCAAGAGCAUAGCCCCGUCACAGGCAAGAGGGGAGAGAAACUGGACCACCAUCCCAUCCUUCGUCUUCAGUUGGCGAGGUGGCCGUAUGGGAGGGCAGCAACCAUCCGUUCCGGCUGCCAGCCGACCUCUGCAACUUCUACCUCCUCGCGGACGGGUGCAAGCUCUCAUGGCGUGUGAGGGCGUCAGCGGGCAUAAGCGGCUCAAAGGCCGCCAACUCGCCCUCCAGCCUGCCCCUCGGCUGCGUCGAGGUGGUGCCGCUCAAGGGACUGAAGAGGGUUAGUGCAUGGUGUUGUGUUGUGCUGUGUUGGGUUGAGGGUAUCUGUGUGUGUGUGGUGUUUGCAAUGAAGGUGAGGCUGGAGCCAAUGGUUAUGGACGAUGACGACGACGGAGAAAGCCAAACCAGACCGAAAGAAAGCGGCAGGUAGGAAGCCUUUGCGCACGUGUGUCUACACCACAUGUGUCUGCUUCUGUCGCCGCAGCUGUCGGCCCUCUCCCGCCAGCACGGCAGCUCUGCACCGUGAGGGGUGGGGCGUGUUCGACCUCAACCCGAACGCAGCUGACGGGCGGGUGGUGCUCAUGAUGGCGCCACACGCACACACCGCACAAGUGUGGUUCCAGGUAUGUGGCAUGGGUGGGUCCGUACGUACACAAGGCGCAUGGGUGUGUGCAGGAUAUGUCGUGCGAUUGGCACUUCCUGGCGGCGUCGUUCACCGACUACUUCCGGCUGGCACUGCUGCACCUGGGCAUCGCUAGAUGGUACGUGACGUGACACAGAUGUUCCUCAUUGCCUGUGUGUGCGUGUGUAUGUGUGUGAGUGUCGAUUCCCUUCGCCUGUGUGUCAGGGAGUAUGCCUUCACGAGUGUGGGGCUGGACCCCUACACACAGCGGUGGCUCUCCUUCUUCACACACGAACGGUCGGCGAAUGAUUGACGUGGGUGGAUGGACGGAUGCGUUUUGAUAGCGACUCUUGUGUGUGUGUGUGUGUGUGAUAGGUAUCUGCUAGACAUGUCAGAGCAGCCCGGCGGUCACAAUUAGAGAGGGAACCAGACAACCAGACAAAGAACAGAUCGCCUCGGCCGAUGAAGAUAUGAUGACGUUUGACUCAUCUUGAUUCAUGGGCAACAUAAAUACAUCUGUGUGCGUACACCCCGAGGGCACGAUCCUCGUCCCGCUGACAACCACCACAUAGCCCCAUUGCAGGGCCCUGCAUGCAUUCCGGUCGAUGCGAGCUUUUAGAAGAGUCUUCGGUCUCCAUCCCCGAGAUCUCCGGUCAGGAAUGGCUUUGGAGAGUGUGGAAGAGGUGUGUGUCGUGAGCGAUGUCCUUCAAAAGCCACGAUAUGUCCGCGUCAAGGUCCAGUCCUCCGGAUCUCUUCACACACCUGAUGGCGGGUGCCUGGCGCUACCCGAGUACCAACUCUACCGACUGCGGGAUGCCCAUGGGUAAGCAGGGCACACACUAAGCCCGCACCUGGUGUCACCUUCCGAGCGUCGGUUCGUUUCUCUGCUGUCAGGCUGCAAGCCCUGUGCCUCCAGCGGAGUCGUCACCUGCGCAAACACGUCGCGUCAGCCUCAACAACUGCUGACGUCCGUGUUGGCGGCGAGCAAGGUGCGCUCGACGAUGACUGCGAGUUGCUGCUGCUGCUGUUCGGCCAGCAGAUCUCACACUCACGCGACGACUUGAGGCUCGCUGCAGCCCUCAUCGAUGACAUAUCGGCCCUCUCGACCCCGUCUGUAGCGCCCAAGUGGCGGCUGCCUGAAAAGAGCUCAUUUGCUUCAUCUGGCGGCCUUGCGGCACCAGAAGGGGGAGUGGAGGAUGCUCCGCAAGCCGAGAUAGCGGAGAGCGACGGAAUGCCAGGCAGAUGGCUGUCCCGACAAUCGACCGAGGCCACCAUCAAGGACACCGUGCAGCGCGGCAGCCUGGAUUGGGCUGGUCCGGACGACGAGGACCUGCAGCGGUGGGCGUCUAUUCUCUUGCAGCACUGCAUCCUGACAAGGCUCGAUGGCGUCUAUGCCGUCAAGAGGACGCUCAGGCAAGGCGACCUGUUCGACACGCUGUUGGUGGAGCACUCUGGGACAGGCAGGCUGUUCGGUGCCAAGAGAUACCAGAAGGCUCUGCUCAAGGUGUGAAUGAGACCUGGCAGGCGCGCAGGCAGCAUGGUCCGUUGUGUGCGUUCGGUCUUUGUUUGCCUGCAGGAGUUUGAUGCGGAGGAGUCUCCGCAGCGCAUUGAGUGGCUGCCCUACGAGAUAGCCACCUGGAGGGCGUUGCAGCAUCCCCGCAUACUGCGGCUCGUCGCUGUCUACGAGACGGCCGACCACAUCACUGUGGUGAGAAGCACACCACCAUGUCACCCUGAAUGUCCUCACAGUAGUCAUGGGUUCCCUGCUUUCUGUCAGAUUCACGAGCAUGGUGCGUCGUCGGACGUGUUUCGGUACAUCGAUCAGCUGCCGACCUACAGCGAGGCGGACUGCCGGCGUCUCGUCCGUGGGCUCAUCGAGGCCAUCGCCUUCCUCCAUGAGAAGCGCAUCGCCCACCGCAACAUCAAACCCACCGCACUAACGCCAUGCGGUCAGUCUGUCGGUCACACCACACCAGCACGCCCUGCCAUAUGUUUACUUUGUCGUAUGUAUGGGGCUGUGUGCAGAGAGCGGCGAGGGCGUGUGCCUAAAGCUGGGUCAGUUCGACGUGGCUGCGUGCCUGGAUGAGUGCAGCUGGUACUCCCGGAUGCAGUGCGGGACGCCCGGCUACGUGGCGCCGGAGAUGCUGCAGGGCAGACCAUACGACGAGAAGGUCGACGUCUUCUCCGCAGGUGAGAGGGAGGAGAGGGAGGAGCACCAGGAAUGAACAGCAUAGCAUGUGCAUCACAUCAAUCAGCAUCCACAGCACAGCACAGCCUCUUCUGCCCUUUCUCCCGGCAGGUGUGGUGCUGUAUGCGCUGCUGGUGGGGUCGCUGCCCUUCAAUGAGCACCCCACGCCACUCGGCCGCUCUGAAAUCAGCAGGGCGCCGCGGGAGGACGUCCGGCAGGUGCUGCUCCGGAACCUCCGUUGCGAGUGGGACCUCCAGAGCGACGCUGCGUGGCAGCACGUGUCAGAGGAGGGGAAGGACCUCGUCACUCGGAUGAUGGCGGUGAGAGAUACCGAUGCACACAACUGGACGGAUAAGUGCUGGAUGGCUUUCUGUCGUGUGUCUUGUCAGGAGUCUCCUGAGGAUCGGCCGUUGGCUGCUGAGUGUCUGCAAGACCCAUGGUUCACAUCUGUGGAUGGCGAUCGGCUCCAGCGCGAGCGGGCGGGCCCUGUCCACUUGUGGAAGGUCAAGGAAGCCGCUGCUGCCGCCACAUCAGAGUCGUCAGCAAGCCCCCUGCCGACAGAGGACACUCACAAAGAGCCCCUACCCUCUGCUCUUUCUGCCAACUUGGACUCCAUCGAGUGCAUCAAAGUGCCCCGCAUUCUCGUCAGCAAGGAUCUGCCGGCGGCCAUAUCGUCACCCGCCACCCCCGCCCCGCCCCUCCUGUCCGUCCCCUACAGCACAUCGUCACUCAGCUCAGGUCGCCCCUCCCCAUCCGCCCCCGCCUCCACACACAGACACGGCUCACAGCGACGUCGGCCAAGGUUCGCCGCGACGCUGCAUGUGCCUGAUCGUCGGCCGUCCUUCCGGUCGCCCCCCUCUGGCUCAUCUGGGCGCAAGAGUGUCAGCUCUCGGCAUGCGUCAGACUCAGAGAACGAUACGGUGGCCUCGCGGCUGAGGCGAUUCGUGGGCACCCCAAAGGGGCCCCGACGGGGGAUGAGGAGGCUGCUGCAGUCCAGCGAGAUCGGUUCUCCGGGAUCGCCGAGGCGGUCGCCAAGUAUCCCCUCUUCACUUCGCCGCCGUGUCCGGCCUGAGUUCUUCGUCAGCAUGGCCAAGCACGUCACAAACCCAGACCAUGGGCCGUCUACGACCGUCCCAGUCGCCCAACCAGCUGCAGAGCCUCAAAUCGAGCUUGCCUCACAGCCACAGGCAGCGGACGGCGAGGUCGGGUCACAGCAACCAAGGUGCCCCAUGAGCCCCUGCAUCUUGCCGCGGAGCCGUCAUGUGCCGUGCGACCCCCAGAUGCGCCGCAGCUACUCAGCUGACGACGUCGCGACCAUGGCACGAAGCCGCUCAUCGAGCAGCGACUCCAUCGUUGAGCGGGAGCCAUCAUCGGAGCGAUUCCUCCAGUGGAUCGAAGGCAGAGGCAGCGCGCCCACAGAGCCGGCCGCCCCGUCCAAGAGUGAGCCACAUAUCUGUCAGCGGCCCCAGGACGCCGCGACCCGGCAGCAGCAGGUCGGCGUGCGGCACAACAGGAAACGUUUGAGCGCCGCGAGCCAGCGUGAGCUGAGCAAGACGGUGGCGCGCCUCCGCUCUAAGAUGCAGCUCGAGUAUGGGGAAGACUGGUGGGCAGGGGGGCAGAUGCCAACACCUGACGCAGCGGACGAGAAGGCCAAUGAUGGGAGAGGGGCCAGCGGCGAGGGGCUGGCCACUAAGGCCGUCGAGAGUGGGAAAGCGGCCGCCAGGUCCGGUGGCCUGGAGGUCAGUUACUGGUUUUUAUGUCUGGCGGUGGUUGUUCUGGCGGCGCUGUUGGUCUGGUGGAUGGGGACGGCGCAGUCAGCUGCGGUCUAACACCUUUUUCUGUUGCGAGUACUGAGAUUGUGGCAGAUAGGUGCUGUGCUUGGCUGUGUUUUGUGCUGGUCGGUCAUUCUCGGCUUCCGUGAGUGUGGAUGGGUUGAUCAUAGGGCGAUCGCGGCACAUGCAGCCGAGGCCAACCGAACAGUGAGCGGUUGUCGAUUGACAGACAGCCUACAUGGAUGCCCUGGAAGUGCAUGGUGGAUGGAUGGAUGGAUCAGUAAGUGGCUUGUUAGCGGCCAGCCAGAAAACGAAAAAAUGCCAUAGCAUGAAUCGAAUGAUAGGCCGUCAGACAAAGUCGCCCUGCCAAUGGCUGUCUGUCUCUCUGUGUUCACCAUGG